CCUUGAGAUAUUCACUUUUGUUUCGAUGCUCGUCGUGUGCUAACGUGUUCUGAAAUUUCUACUAGUAAUAUUUGUGUAUUAUUUCGUGUUUUCAUUUUUAAGUGUUCCCAUAUAUACAUUGUGACUUGUAAAUUGUUUGUACUUGGGAAUUUUUGGUCUUUGGAAUCCUUUGACUAAAAUCAAAAUGAACAAGAUAUUUCAGGACAAGCUCUUUGAGGACUUUCGCACCAAGUGCGGCAAGGUUUGCCUAGGAAGAUAUGUGCUUGUGAGAAAGAUUGGAAGUGGAUCAUUUGGUGAUGUCUAUUUGUCAAGAGACACAAAAACCGACCUUCCGUGCGCUGUUAAGGUGGAGCGUAAAUCGCUUAAAUAUGAGGAGACUCUAAGUAAGGAGCAUCAAAUGUACUUGCGCCUGAACAAUCAGGUAGGAUUCGCCCGAGUCUAUGAUUUCGGAGAAGAAGAAGGUUUUCGUUGGAUUUCAUUGGAAUUGUUGGGCUCUUCGUUAUAUGAUUUGAGGAAACGGUGUCGCAAUUGCCUUUCUCUAAAGACCGUAUUGAUGUUGGCUGAUCAACUUUUGGCCAGGAUCGAAAGCUUUCAUCAAGAGGGUUUUAUACACAGAGACAUUAAACCAGCCAACAUGAUGAUGGGUCUUUGGGGACGCAGCGCAUUAAGACUAUAUCUUGCCGACUUGGGGUUAGCCACUCCAUACAUUGAUCUCGCUACUGGCGUUCACAUUGAUUUUAAGCCGAGUGGAUUGGCCGGAACAAUGACUUAUUGUUCGAUAAAUGCUAUGAAACACUUUUCGCAAUCUCGUCGCGAUGAUCUCGAGAGCAUUGGCUAUAAUCUUAUCUGCAUGGCCCAAGGCAAGUUGCCAUGGGAAAAUCACGACAACGGCUCAUCUCCGAAAGCGGUUCGUAAGAUUCUAGCCUUGAAGCAGAGUAUCACUGCGGAGGAGCUAUGCAAAGACUUACCCAAGUGUUUUCUCGACUACAUGGUGUAUGCAAAGGGACUUGAGUUCAACGAGCAACCUGACUAUGCUAUGUUACGACGUCUAUUUCGCGCCGAGUUUCGCGAUGCUGGCUUCGAAUACGAUUUUCACUACGAUUGGAUCGCUCGUUCAAGAUGCGAUAAAAUCGUAAAAUCCAAGAAAUAUCUUGGUCGCAGGAGAUCCUAAGAAGCCUAAUAGAUUAUCGUAAUUUACCAGAUUUCAGUACUGACGCUCGUGAAGGUAUUGAAACUGAACCACCACCCCCUACCAGAACUAUGUAUUCCUCAAACCCUUGGCAAUAGUCUUAAGUGCUAUGGCUGCAUUGCUGUAUUCCGUUUGCACAUCUAUAUAAUGUUUCCCGUAUUUUGCUGAUCAUGAAGGAGUAUUGCUCCGGAAGGUCUAUCUAAUGAAAUCAAGUAUGCAAGUCAUGGUCCUGUAUGCUUCGACAAGGUCCUCUGCCAGUCGACGACACAUCUAAUAUAGGUGGUCGUUAUAUUCUGGAAGGCAGCUUGUUUUCAAAAAAGAACUGUUUAUAUUGUUACGAUGUUUAUUUCGCGCCGAGUUUCGGGUUGGCGGCUUCUAAUAUAUAAAGGCUCGAGACGAGCGAAAAGAGAUCGUGUACCGAUAAUCACCUUGGUGUAAGGUAUUGAAAAUACCAAAACAAUAACUCGAUUGAUAGAACGAAGCGCAUAUCGCCAAUCCUUGGCGAUGGUCUUAAGUGCUUCGGGUGUGCCACCUUUUCCCGUGUUUUUCUGAUCAUAGAGUUGUUUGUAAAGUACAACUAAUCGAAGUAUACAGGACAACUUGAUUUCAAAGUGAAUCCCGAUUAUGUAUCAAGAGCGUUGAAUAUGCUCCCGUUUGCCUUGCAAAGCUCAUCUUCUAGGCGACGGCACAACUGAUAAAUAUGGUCGCUAUAUUCAAACCAAGUCUGGAAGGUUUGAUAACGCAAAGGCAUUCAACAAUCAAGUUGAAGAAAGAACUGUUUAUAUUAUUACGAUGUUUAUUUCGGCAAGUUAUAUAUCAUAAUGUUUGAAAUACCUAUUCAAAGCCUUUAUUUUUUACAGCACCGAGUUUCGGGUUGGCGGCUUCUAAUAUAUAAAGGCUCGAGACGAGCGAAAGGAGAUCGUAUACCGAUAAUCACCUUGCUGUAAGGUAUUGAAAAUACCAAAACAACAACUCGAUUGAUAGAAUGAAGCGCAUAUCGUUAAUCCUUGGCGAUGGUCUUAAGUGCUUCGGGUGUGCCACCUUUUCCCGUGUUUUUCUGAUCAUAGAGUUGUUUGUAAAGUACAACUAAUCGAAGUAUACAGGACAACUUGAUUUCAAAGUGAAUCCCGAUUAUGUAUCAAGAGCGUUGAAUAUGCUCCCGUUUGCCUUGCAAAGCUCAUCUUCUAGGCGACCGCACAACUGAUAAAUAUGGUCGCUAUAUUCAAACCAAGUCUGGAAGGUUUGAUAACGCAAAGGCAUUCAACAAUCAAGUUGAAGAAAGAACUGUUUAUAUUGUUACGAUGUUUAUUUCGGCAAGUUAUAUAUCAUAAUGUUUGAAAUACCUAUUCAAAGCCUUGAUUUUUUACAGCACCGAGUUUCGGGUUGGCGGCUUCUAAUAUAUAAAGGCUCGAGACGAGCGAAAGGAGAUCGUAUACCGAUAAUCACCUUGCUGUAAGGUAUUGAAAAUACCAAAACAAUAACUCGAUUGAUAGAACGAAGCGCAUAUCGUUAAUCCUUGGCGAUGGUCUUAAGUGCUUCGGGUGUGCCACCUUUUCCCGUGUUUUUCUGAUCAUGUUGAAGAAAGAACUGUUUAUAUUGUUACGAUGUUUAUUUCGCGCCGAGUUUCGGGUUGGCGGCUUCUAAUAUAUAAAGGCUCGAGACGAGCGAAAGGAGAUCGUAUACCGAUAAUCACCUUGGUGUAAGGUAUUGAAAAUGGACCCACUAGAUGGACCCACCAAAACAACAACUCGAUUGAUAGAAUGAAGCGCUAAUAGCUAAUCCUUGGCGAUGGUCUUAAGUGCUUCGGGUGUGCCACCUUUUCCCGUGUUUUUCUGAUCAUAGAGUUGUUUGUAAAGUACAACUAAUCGAAGUAUACAGGACAACUUGAUUUCAAAGUGAAUCCCGAUUAUGUAUUAAGAGCGUUGAAUAUGCUCCCGUAUGCCUUGCAAAGCUCAUCUAGGCGACCGUACAAUUGAUAAAUAUGGUCGUUAUAUUCAAACCAAGUCUGGAAGGCUUGAUAAGGCAAAGGCAUUUAACAAUGAAGUUUACAAGGCAGUUUGAUUUCAAAAGGGAUUCUGAUUGAGGACAAACUUACCACUCUUCAAUUAUAUCAAAGGACGAGGCAGCUCGAGUUCAAAGAGGAUCUACGACGUCUGUUCGAACAAAAAGUGAUCGUAUUCUUGAACCUAGAACCAUGAAUCGUCCUGUUAUUAGAAAAUCCGUAUGAAGUUUCCCUUUGUGAAUUAACUGGACUCAGUUCCAAUCGAAUUCCGAUGCUUAGCAUUGAUCCACUCAUGAGCAAAUGAUUGCUCAUUUCAACUAUGAUAAAAUGAAUCCGACAAAAAAACAAUCGUUUGAUUGUGAACCAUGUUAUGGUGCAAGAAAAACCUUGAGAGGUUUCGUUUCAAGGAUCAAAGAGUACAGAUUUAGUCGAAUCUCGUUGCUCAGAAUGGACCCACCUACCAAUGCAAGGACUAAUCUAACUCUGAUUGGAUUAAUCUAACAAACAAUCUUACGCUCAAAUCAAAGACGAAGAAAGGAUUUUUUUGCACCAAAUUACAGGAAUCCCUUCUAUGGAUUGAUGAGUCUAGUUUUAGACUAAUAUCGAUGCUCAGGAUGCACCCAAACAAGGACUAAUUGACCAUAUAUUUUAAAUAAGGUUUGAUUAAUCGGACAAAAAAUGAUCGUGUGCCUAAGGAUUCCCUACAUGGAUUGAGAAGUCUAAUUGAAAUCAACAUUUUUCGAGAUGUUUUAUUCCUGACACUCACAAGGACAAGGACCAAAAUUCCCACUGAUUCCACUUUUCAGAUGUUUAGAAGAAGUUUAAAAUUUAUCAAGUAUUUAUCACGGAUCGAUACAUCGUACUUUUAUAUAGGCAGGAUAAACAUCCUGUUUCUAUUUUCCUAAAUUGUUUGUAUAGUAUUUCACUAAAAUGAGCACAACUAACUUUUGGACACGCGCCUGCGACGGUAUCGACUUUAAAGAUCAAGAUGAAGGACUCAAUUCCAUUGCGAUCUCAAUCACUUUUUUCUGUGUGUUAUGUGUCUAGCCUUGGAUCAGGCAGACUAUGUCAGAAAUAAUAUAUAUAUUUUAUACAAAAACUAAAUAUUGUUUGGGUCUAAUUAUGUGUCUAGCCUUGGAUCAGGCAGACUAUGUCAGAAAUAAUAUAUAUAUUUUAUACAAAAACUAAA